CAGUGACUUCCGGGAGGCGCUGGCCACGCCCCUGUUCAUCGGCAAUGUGUUGGUGCCCGUACUGGGGCUCACGUGGUGGGUUCGGAAGGGCUCACGGCUCAAUCGCCUCGCGGACCAGGUACACGAGCUCAUCGAGGGCAUGGUGCGCCAGAGGCAGAAGAGAGUACUCCGCGCCGUGAUCAAGAUGAUCAACGUUGGUACUCUCGUGGAGGUGGCGUUGUGGAAGACAGUGUGCGUGCUCACCUCCACCGCGCUGGACCACGGGAUGCUCUGCACCACCUCCAAGGCAAUACUCCUCGACGGCCUGCAGCGGCGGGGCAUCCGCCUGCGGGGCCAGCGGGAGGUCACGCAGAUCAUCCUGAGCUGCGAGGGCAUGGAGCUCACAGCCCUCAAGAACUUGCUCGACGGCAGCGGCACUAUCAGAACCUCUACAAGCUCAUCUACCACGACAUCUCGAACAGGCAGUACCAGGACGAGAUCCUGAACCACCUGAAGAAGCAGGCGGUUCAGGUGCGGAGUGUGCUCGGCGGAGCCGCCGGCGCGAAGAUCCUAAGCGACGUGGACGACACGCUGUACUGCAGCGGGGGAAAGUUCCCCGCCGGCUGCGACAGGCGCUUCCCGCGUGGGGCCAUCUACCCGGGUUUCUUGCGGCUGCUCCGGGUCCUGGACAGCGGGUACGACCCCGAGGCCCCGUGCUGCAACGUGGUGUUCCUCUCCGCGAGGCCCCACAUCUACAAGGAUUUGGCCGAGGACCACACGUACGACCUGUUUCGGCGGCUCAAGCGGGAGGGGCGCAUACACACGUUCCCCACGUUGCUGCCAGGCCGCAUAUGGGAGGGGCUCUGGGCGUUGGGCUGCUUUGCGUUCAUGAAGACCCUUGCUUGGAAGCCCGUGGGCGAUCGGAAGUCCAGAACAUUUGUGAACUUCAAGAGGCUUUAUCGCGAGUACGACUUUAUAUACGGCUGCCUGCGGCAAACAUUGCCACCGUGCCAGCGCGGCAGUGCAUCGGCGCUGCUUGAAGUAGGUUUUCUUCAAGGCCCGCUCAAGUUCAGACAGGGCGCUGAACUGAAGCGGACCUUGAACACC